ACAUCAACACCAACAAGAGGUUUCUCCGGAUAAUGGACGAGUUCUUCGACUACAAAUCUCGAGAAUUCCCAGAGUACGCGACAUACGUCGGUUACCAUGACUACGACGACGCCUUGGAGUCUUUCCAGCUGCAGGCCUUUGACAGGCGGAAGAAUAUGACUGAGCAUUUCCUGGACCAGAUUAAGAACCUGGACACUGGUCAACUGAGCAAGGAAAACAGACGAGAGGCGAAAAUACUGACGUCAUACCUCCAGGCGUUUAUCGAUGGCUACAAGUGGAGAGAGAUCGAGUGCCGUCUAUGCUGAGAGAGUGGGACGUUGAUCAGUUUUUCAUGCCGUUUAAGAACUCACUGGCCACCACCAAGUUCCCUUCCGAUAUUAAGUAAGUAGAGAGAGUGGUUGCGGUGU